AUGGGUGGUGAGCCGAGCAGGGAGGGUUUUGCAUCAGGGUGUGACAAUAACGGGUUGGACUGCAGCGGGGGGAGCAGGAGAAAUGGCAAUGGCGAGGGAAACAGCAGCAGCAGAGGGAAACGAGCAACGGGGAAGGGAAGGCAGGCGUUUGGAACGGCCACGCUUCUUUCUGAUGCGGUUGAGAUGGAUACAGAUGGGGAGGGACAUGGAGGGGAGAGACGGCUGGGGGUGACCUUCGAAAGCACAGAAGGAGAAGAGGAGAUGGGCGCAGGGGAAACCGUUGUCCUCGUUAUAGGGAGCGGAAAUACUGGCCUUACCUCAGGGGUUGUGAUGACUCCAGGCAGAACGAGGCGGAAGAGAGAGGGUGGGAGGACGGGGGGGCGAGGGAGAGGAGGAGGUGCGGGCAUGGGGCAAGGUAGGGUGAGAGGGACGGUGGGGGAGAGGAUACGACAGCUGGAGAUAGCAGCAGCAAGCGCGGCUGCUGCUGCAGGCGUGGGGAGGGGGGCGAUGGUCGGGAGGAAAGGGAGAGGAGGAGCGGCAGGAGUUGCUGCUGCUGCUGGUGGUGGUGCUGGUGGCAGGGUGAAUGCUCGUAGAGAGUGGGGCCCCAAGGGGAGAAAAGCAGCGAUGCUUGCUGCUGGGGAGACAGGAGGAGCAGGGAUUGGCAGUGGGAAGCGGAAAGACCACGAAAUUAGGGAGGAUGGGGACGGGGAUGGGGAGGGAGAGGGGGGGUGUAUUGGGGAGGAUGGACUGGGAAAGGGCUCGGGUGAUGGAUUGGGGGAUGUACCUGUGCUGACUGUGGGAGGAGCAGACAACCGGGCGGUUCUUGAGGGUGCUGUUGUGAGUGUUGCUACCGUCCGUGGUGCUGGUACACGCGGGGCGGCAAGGGGGAGAAAGGGAGGGAAGAAGGGGAGUGCAGCAGAGGAUCAGCUUCCGUUUUGGGCGGCAGACUCGUUCUCCUUCCCCUACAUCACGCCAGCCACUCCCCUUCUGACACGUGGCAGCACCAGGAAGCGAUUCUUUGCCGCUGAUCUCUCCGUCGCUGCUGACGUGGCAUCAUCCAGUGGCCAAUCAGACGAUCCCGCCCCUGGAGCCAUCUACUUCCCUCGCCGUCUCCCCCUCCUCUACUCCUCCUCCUCCCCUCCCUUCCCUCCUCCUCCUCCUCCUCCUCCUCGUCCUCACAGCUCCCCCCAUUCCUCUCCUUCCUUCCCCCCUCCCCUCCUCAAACCACAGCAACCGAACCCCCAAUCUGCAUGGCUCGUUCGUUCACCUUCAACUAUGGCUUUUCCAUGA